CCUCAGACACUCAUACUGACUCACCUUUGGAACCUGCAACAAACUACAAGGAGCUAGGAUUCCAUAACCUGGUAAAGAAAAAUAACAAACCUUGUUUGUGUUUAUGGCUGGAUGAUAAGCUCUUGAGUAUUUAAGUACAAAAAAAUCGUGGUGAUAUAAUAAAACACAGGCAUUCUUUAAGACGGUCCAAUGAUGGCAGAUCACGGAGACCCCUGUAAUGAGUUCGAAGCCUCCUAUUGCAUGAAUGGGGGAACAUGUUACAAACUCCCCUCUAUGGACACACUCUCGUGUGUCUGCAGUGAAAGCUACAAAGGCAGUCGAUGUGAACAGUUCCAGCUGCUUAUCACAUCAGGUAAUGUAGGAGAGAGAGGGUUGGUUGCUGCGGUGGUGAUCGUUGCCCUCCUCCUUCUAGUCAUCUUGGCAGUUGUGAUCUACUAUGCAUGCAAGGUGCUGAGGACCAAACCCCAGCAGCAGCCAAACACUGAACAGUACUGGAGAGUGAAACCCAGAGUAUGAUAUUGCUGCUGUCAUGCCAGGAUGUUUAGGAACAUUCUACAUGAGACAGCCCAAUGACUCAUGGAUACUGGUUUGAACAGUUAUGUCUGGAUGCUGCUGACGGUGUGGUCAUAGAGGGGACCGAGGAAAGGACCGAGGAGGCUCUUACUCAGUUAAUGGGCACUAGCCCAUUAACUGGUCACUUGAUUUACCCUACUAUACUGUUACAUAUUGAACUGAAAUCCAACAGGAUUAAAUUGUGCUUUGGAUCAGUUAGUCUUGUGUCAAAGGGAAUUUUGCCACUGAUAUAGAACGCUUUGAUUAGAUAGUGGAGAGGAUGAGAAAGUGGAACAUAAUGACACCCAGUGAAAUGGCUAGGCAAUAUUUAUUUCUUUUUAUUUAGAUUUGCAGAUAGUCACAUUUCAGUAAAAGUUUUUGUCUAAGAUAAUGCAAUUUUGCAUGGAAGGGAAUUAUUUAGGAUUGUGUAAAAUAAAAAAUAAUUUCUUUCUACUAUUCAAUGAAUGUAGAGCCACUAAAAUAUGUACAUAGUAUGCUCUAUUACAAAAUAAAUUAUAAAGAAGUAAUUAGACUAAUAAAAUUCAGUGUCUUUCAUCCAA